CGAGGCCGGCAUCGGGGCCUGCGGGCCAGCCCGGAGCUCGCUGCGGGGCGCGGGGAUCCCGCCGGCGGGCCGCCUCCUUCCUGGCGGGGGUGUCCCCCCAGCACCCUCGUGGGGGCGGCCUUCGCCCACCCUCUGGGGCGCGGGCGACCACCCCUCUGCCCCGUCGCCGCCGGGGUGUCCAGCCGGCCAGAAACCCCGCAGGCCCCAUCCGGCGCCCCGGGCCAGGUGCACACCUGUGGGGGGAUGCGACGGUCCCGUCCGCGUCGCGGCCGUGCAGCCACCGAGGCAUCAGGAGGUGCUAGGAAUCACGGGCAGCUGGCACAGGUGACCAUUCAUGCCCGACAGCCCUGAAAGUGUGUCCUGCACCAGUCAAGAAGAGCAGGAUCAGCCAGAUCAGGAAGCAGCCGCUGGCAGAUGGCCGUGGAGAUCAUCAGCCAUGCAGGCUGUGCCACGCCUUCCCGGGAGAGUCUGGAGCACAGCGUGAUCCUGGACAGCCCUACAGAGCGUGGCCAAAGCAGGGCAGAGCUUGGGAGGGUCCUUGCUGACCUAGCAGCAGUGGCAGAAAUCGGUAACCUUGGCCCUGCGCUGAGGGACCACGAGCCCACGGAAGGCCCUGGUGCCAACGCCAUGGCCUUGAUUUGCGGGGACUGCGGCAAGAGCUUUGCUAGGAAGUCGGACUUCAAAGUACACCAGCGAAUCCAUACAGGGGAGAGACCCUACACAUGCUCCUACUGCAGCAAGGGCUUCUACCAGGCCUCCAUGGUUCGGCGGCAUGAGCGCACACACACCGGCGAGAAGCCGUACCGCUGCUCCGUGUGUGACAAGUCGUUUGCCCGCUCCACCUCGCUGCUGAUCCACCAGAACACACACACCGGCGACCGGCCUUAUGAGUGCUCCUUCUGUGAGAAGACCUUCUCCGACCCCUCCACCCUUCUCCAGCACCGCAAGAUGCAUAUGGGCCUCAAGCCCUUCCACUGCGGGAUCUGCAACAAGUCCUUUAGCCAGUCAUCCAGCUUCACCUUCCACCGGGCCACACACACCAACGAUCGCCCUUUCAUCUGUGCCGAUUGUGGCAAGGCCUUCAUCCGCUCCACAGCUUUGCUUAAGCACCGCCAGACCCACGUCCAGAAGUCUUUUUGCUGCGGGGAAUGCAGCAAGGUCUUCCCGAAGCUCUCAGGCCUCCGCUCCCACCAGCGUAUGCACGCCCAAGGCCGACGGAUAGAGAUGGAGCUGAGGGAGAACAAGCGGAGGUGCUGGGAGGACAGGCAAGAUGUUGUAAAGCUGGGGUUCCCUGCCCCAGAUCCUCUGCCUCAAGACUGUCCCCUCCUGAACUUGGCUCCGCAGGAAGAAUCCAGCUGACCCUAGGACUGUGUUCAACUCUGCACCAUUAUUCAUCUGCACCAUUGGAUAUCAGAGGUAUAUUGAGGCUAUGGGUGCAGAUCUACGCUCCCUUCCAUAUACACUGGCCAGUCUCCCACAUUCUAAUAGGUCUCCUUUAGUAGAGACCAGAGCCCUUCUCUGUAUCACAACUAUGUCACAUCACUUCCUGUUAUACCUUUUGCCUGUCUCACAUUUCAGAUCUGAAUCUCUCUCCAUCCUCUUGCUACUGCCUUGCUUUCUUGGCCUAUGAUCUUAUGUACUCUGAUAAGCUAGAUGGGUCAUGCAGAACCAGGUCUUCAAUGACAACCUCCAGAGAAAGCACAAGUGAUUGAGAGGGAGGAUUUGGGGACCCUGUCUGGCAUUCUUCUAGGUCACUAUUGAACCAGUGCCCUGGCUUGGUGACAGGGGCGUUGUGCUGUUGUCAAGCAAAUUGAUUAAUUGAGGUCCUAACUACAUGUGGUCAUCCAAAGGCACUUUCUGCAAAACAAGGGUGCAGAUGUUAUUUCCAAUAUCUAUGCCAAAUUUCAAUUUAGUGGCCCAUCUAAAACACUACUCUCAGUGUCAUGUACUUUCAGAUAAAUCUCAUGUUCUUAAAUUCAUAUUCUAAACUGCUAUAUAGUGCCACUUAGUGCACCCUAUUAGAGGUGGCUACAUUACACUGAUGGGCAAAAUGAUCCUUGCAUGGCAUUUGUAAAACAUUUUGGAAUCUGCCUGGAUUGAAACCACAACGUAAACAUGAGAUGAUUAUUCCUGUACCUCUUAUCCUUCAGAGGUACAGGUUCAAAUUCUGUUCUCUUCUAUAGAGACUUGCUGUUACCACUGCACGCAGUUUGUAUUAGAGCUAUUCUUGAAUAGGGUGAAUGCUAAAAAAUAUUUUUGUUGACUGCCAACAUUGAUUUUAUCCAUAUGCCUUUAAAUGUUACCUUUUAACUGUUACUGUAGUGAUUUAAUACGAUGAAUACCUGCUAGAACAGCAUAUUCUAUUGUUGCAAAAUAUUCACGUAAACUAAAUUUCAAAUUUAUAUUGACACUGGAAAACUGAUUUUAAGAAUUAUGUUCAUCCAGGUAGGAAACAGAAACAUACCACGGGCACAUCACAUUGUCUCUCCAAUCCAAAGAACUUCAGACCAAGGGUUAUUGGCAGAAAUUACUUGGUCAGUGAUUCUGAAUAAGUUCAAGAGAAGUCACAGUCUGUCAGAGAGAGAAAAAGAGCUGACAAAAGUAAAUAAUACAUUGUUGAAAAGCAGGAUACACAUUUCAACAACACCCAUUUUGUCUCUCUGAACUGAAAAUUGUGGUAAAAAUUUGAAAAAAUCCCAAAUAAGGAAAAAAUUCAGGAAAAAGUCAAAAUAUUUUCCCUUCAUUUUCUUCUUCGUCAGCAUUGGAGCAAAAAUUGUCAAAAAUAUAAACAUUCAGAAAGUGUAGGCCAGAUUUUUACAAUGACUUAAUAUGAAUGACUUUGACCAGCUCUGAUGCCAUCCAUCUUGAGUAUAAACCUUAUUCUGUCUCCAUUUUGCCCAGAUUAGUGAGGGGAAAAAUGGUAAAUGAGCAGAAAAGUGACUUAGGGCUUGAUUAGAUACAAAUUCAAGUGCUAAUGAUGAUUGGAGGAACCUAAAUAAGCAAGACUAGUGCCUAGAAAGAGGAAGGGCCAUGAGGAAGGGAAAAGAGAAUGAGAAGGUUGGUUGGAAGAGUCCAGAGUCUUUGAUUGAUACUGAUGCUGCAGAACUGAAAAUACAUGCUCUGGAAGUCUUCUGAUAAAUAGGUGAUUUUUUUUCCAUUCAUAAAGCAUAUAAAUUCACCAUAAACUGAGGGUUACGGUAGCCAGAAUUGCAGUUUGAACAUGGAAAUGCUUUAGAACAAGGCAAAACUUCACAGUGCAGGGAGUUGGGGGUGGUGCAUUUCAAUUUACUGUGAUUAGUUUCCACUGUAUUAUCAAAACCUACCUCUCUUCAAUGUAAUGUGAUGAACAAGGGGACAGGGCUAGUUUGUGGGGAAGCAGCGUAAUUUUCAGGGAUUUCAACUUUAACAUAGCACUAGCUAUUUCCUUUUCAGUUCUGAAGAAAUUAAGCAGCAGUUUCUAGACCUUUUGUUACCAGCCGAAAAAGCCCUGAGCUCUCCCUGUACCUGCUGAAAAACAGCUUCCUGUUCAAUUGCAUUCAAAGCAAUUGGAAAAAGAUGGUGUUGGAUUUUCAACACAGCUAGAGCUUCCUCCUGUACCAUUUUGACAAGGCCAGCAAAGAGGCCACUUCUCUUCUACUGUUUGGCACUCAGCUCACUGUAUCUGAAACCACUCAGAGCUAUAUCCAUGUUUCAACCCCAUCAGUACCAGAAAAACAGGGUCUCUAGCCUGAUGCUAGGAGCCUCCAGGGCAGCUAUGAUGAGUCUCUGCUCUCACUUAGACCACUACAGUUGAUUCUAGAUGAGUCCUCUGGAUAAACAUGAAGAUCAGUUUUUGCCAUUUCACUGGAAAUCAGUUGUUCAUGUGAACCCACUCCAUUUUUGUUCCUUUUUAACCAGAAGAAAUCUACAAUCCUGAGAAAUAUCCAACCUGGGAAUCUGGGAUUGGAAUUUACUAUGAGGGAGAGUGACCUGUUUUCAUUAGAUUUCUACUCCGUUCAGCAAAGACCAACUCAGAAUACACCUCCCAGUUUCUGGGAGGUGUAUUGGGGGAGUAUUACCUACUGAUUGUUUGUCCUGCAUGUUAAAGCUGCAGUUUGAAACUCUGGGUAAUAGUAAGGGAUAGUUUCAAGCUGGUCUACUGAAGCUUCAUUUUUAUAUAUAUAUAUAUAUAUAUAUAUAUAUAUAUAUAUAUAUAUAUAUAGGGUAGGAAAUAUUCAUGCAGAUGCAGGAGACAAUGAGAAGGCAGCAACAACAUAGGAUAUCUAUUACAGAACCAUUCUCUAGAUCUUUAGGACCCCAGUGCUCGAGGUGGGCCAGCAGCGGCAAGAGAAAGAAAUCAUGCUGCGUACUGCUUCCUCUUCUGGAUCCGCAGGAGUUACCUCCUAUUCUAGUCCUGCUGGCAGGAGAAUCGAUGGGAGUGGACAUGGAAUAAGCUGAGGGCUGAUGAAUAGCCUCUGCUGGCCUGUGUGGCCCUGCAUGUUCACUACAAGUGCUCGGGCCUGAACAAACUAUCAGCAAUGUUAGAAGACUCUAUCUUUAUUUUAGUAUGUAAAAAAAACACUUCCUUGGGGUACAGCUGCCAAGAACACAAGCACUGUAGAGCAGCAAGUGCACUGAACACUCCCACAGCACUGUGAUGAAAGGAAACCUGUUAAUAAUCUCUUGACUUCUCUAGCCAGAAUAAAAGUUACAUUUCUGAUUAAAAAACA